AUGGCACCCCCACCGCCAGCCUCGAUGCCUCUAGGCCAGCGUCUUGCUGCCCUUGCGCAAACUCUUCAGUUCGCCUGGUUUGCUGGCCAUGUUACGCUGCUGCUCUCAACGCUGCGUUACGGCUUGUCUUACAUUACCUUUAACUUUUCCUCGCGAUGGGCGUCAUUUUCCUACCGCACCGCCUUCCUAUCGGCUUGCGUCACGUACGGCAUCGUCGUCUACAAGGCGUACCGCGCCCGCAUGAGGGCAGGCAAGCAGAGCGGUGUUGUUGCUCUUGCUACUGACGAAAAUGUGCAAUACUUGAUCAUGGCCCUCACAUGGCUCUUCUCUCGCCAGAUCCCGCUUGCCAUCCUUCCCUUCUCCGUCUACUCCAUCUUCCACGUCGCUACCUAUGUGCGCUCCAACCUGUUGCCCACUAUCCAACCCCCACCUGCUGCUCAGGCCGGCGCUAAGCCCCAGGCAUCAGCCGCCUCGGACGCUAUCGGCAAGUUUGUCAAGGAAUACUAUGAUGGCUCCAUGACGCUUGUUGCCCUCCUCGAGAUUUUCCUGUGGUUCCGCGUCUUUGGAUCUGCGCUCCUCUUCCAGAGGGGCUCCUGGAUCCUGCUCGUUGUCUACACUGUCUUCUUCCGCGCCCGCGUUGCGCAGAGCAGCUUUGUCCAAGAGGCCAUCAGCCAGCUCACUGCUCGCAUCGAUGCCCAGCUUGCUAACCAGAGCACUCCUCCUGCUGCCAAGCAGGGCUGGGGUACCUUCAAGACUGUUGUUCGUCAAGCUGCCGAUGCUACGGAUAUCCGCAAGUAUGUCGGAGGUCAGCCCGGUGCCGCUCCCAAGAAGGCGCAGUAG